AAGAGGCCAUUGAAGAAGAGAAUUCAUGCUUGCCACCAGAACCAAGCCAAAGUCGAUUUGCCUUUGUGGGGUGCACACGUCAUAGCAAAGGCCAAGUCCCCCACGACCCUUACCACGCCUUUGUCGUUUCUCCUCCCAGAGACGAAAGAAGAAAGGCCCAAACUCCAUUUUCUUCUCUGAGCUUUCCUUCUCUCUGUUUCUUCUUCUUCUUCUUCUUCUUCUCUUCUUUUGUUUCUUUUUUCCAUCUUCUCCUUAGUUUGAGCUCAUUUGAUUGACCAAACCAAACCAAAGCUCCACUUAAGAGAAACAAAUUCCAAUCCAAAGAGACCCGUUUUUCAGUUUCCUUUCUUCUUUUAGGAUUUACCAUGACUUGUUGAAUUGUUAGCUCUGUAAAACAAAAGAAAGAAGAAAAGAGAAGUGUUGGGAGUUUUUUAAUCUUCUGCUGAAGUACUAGUUUCUUUCUGAUGGGCAACUGCUUAUUUUCUUCUACUAGAGUCGAUUCCAGCCAAAGCCCCCAUGCAACUUCUGCGUCAGGAGGCUCAAAAAUUUCCAGCAAAACUAGUCGUUCUUCAGCUCAUUCAAGCUUGACCAUCCCAUCUUUCAGUGAUACAAGUAGUACUGGAUGUCUUCCAACACCAAGGACUGAAGGAGAUAUUUUGUCAUCCCCCAAUUUGAAACCUUUUUCAUUCGGUGAGUUGAAGAAUGCCACUGGAAACUUUCGUCCUCACAGUCUUCUCGGUGAAGGUGGUUUUGGAUAUGUUUUUAAAGGAUGGAUUGAUGAACACACAUUAGCUGCUGCAAAGCCUGGAUCUGGAAUGGUUGUUGCUGUCAAGAAGCUUAAACCUGAAGGUUUUCAAGGCCACAAAGAGUGGUUGACAGAAGUUAAUUAUCUAGGCCAACUUCAUCAUCCAAAUCUGGUUAAGUUGAUUGGAUAUUGCUCAGAGGGUGAGAACCGACUUUUGGUCUAUGAGUUCAUGCCUAAGGGAAGCUUAGAGAAUCAUCUUUUUAGAAGAGGGCCACAGCCACUCUCUUGGGCAGUGAGGCUUAAGGUUGCCAUAGGUGCUGCUAGAGGGCUCUCUUUCCUUCAUGAUUUGAAAUCCCAAGUCAUAUAUCGCGAUUUCAAAGCUUCUAAUAUUCUACUAGAUUCGGAAUUCAAUGCAAAACUUUCUGAUUUUGGAUUGGCCAAGGCAGGUCCUACUGGUGAUAGGACUCAUGUAUCAACUCAAGUCAUGGGUACCCACGGCUACGCAGCACCUGAAUAUGUUGCUACAGGUCGAUUGACGGCUAAGAGUGAUGUAUACAGUUUUGGAGUUGUGCUGCUUGAACUAUUGUCUGGACGGCGUGCUGUUGACAAAACAAAAGUUGGUGUGGAGCAGAAUCUAGUAGACUGGGCUAAACCAUAUUUAGGUGACAGAAGAAAAUUAUUUCGAAUUAUGGACACUAAGUUGGGGGGCCAGUACCCCCAGAAAGGGGCUUAUACAGCUGCGACCCUUGCUUUACAGUGCCUAAGUGGUGAAUCAAAACUCAGGCCUAGAAUGUCAGACGUUUUGACAGCAUUGGAGCAGCUCGAAGCCCCCAAAACUGCAUCCAAACACUCUCAAUCCGAACAGCACUCAGUUCCACUCCCUGUCUGUAAAUCUCCAAUGAGACAGCAUCGCUCUCCUAUGCAUCUAACUCCCAGUGCAUCUCCAUUACCAUCUCACAGGCAAUCCCCACGAGUACAUUGAUUUCUUCUGUAAAUUUCCUGUGUAUGUAUAUCUUUUUUGUUGCUUAUAAAAUGUAAUUUUUGAGCGUGUUUUUUUUUAUGCAAUUUUGCAUUUAACAUAGUAACAAAUUAGCAGCUCCUUCGUUUUGUAAGGGGUAUGAGACUCUCAUUGUGGUAGUCAGCUACUUUCAUUACUGUAUUGUUACCUUCUAUUCAGUGAUGCAUAUUAAUGUUAUGAAUUAUAUCUUUGUGUUUA